AUGGGUGGAGGUGGAAAGAUCCCGUACCCCAAGGAAGUCUGGUCCCCCGCUGGUGGUUGGUACGCCCAGCCCGGCAACUGGAAGGCCAACACUGCCAUCAUGGGCGCCUUUGUCAUUGGCGUCGCAGCCGUGGCCUUCAGCAUCAGUGCCGACCGCGAGUACCGGGACAAGAUGCCCGAGCCGGGCCGCUUUUUCCCCAGCCGAUACUGGAGUCGCCAAAUCCGAGAGCACGAGAAGCAGCAGCCCGCGAACCAGUCAUAG